UUUCGCUUCUUUUUUAUUUCGUUUCUUUCGAAAGUAUUUUAGCAGUUCUUUUACUAUAAAACCUUCAUUCCUGAGAUUGCCAAUGUAUUUUACCAUCUCUUCUUCGGUUUUCCGAUUGAUGGAAAGCUAGAUUUUGACUAAACUCAGAUAAAAAAUCCAAUCUUUGAUAACCCCCCCCCCCCAUAACCCAAAUCUCCACAGUCUUUCAAAUUUGCGGGGUUUCCGGUAAUUUUUGGGUUAGUUUUCUGGGGAUGGCAUCUUCAUCACUGGCGAGUCCGCUAUGCAUGUGGUUGGUGGCUGCUUGCAUGUCUGUCACGUGCGGGAAAGACCAGUCACAGUCGUCAAUGCUCCGUUCAUCAGCUUCUUCUUCCAAGAGACUCGGCCAUUGGGCUCGUACUAGGAGGAGAGCUCUCCUUUCUCAAUGCGGCGGCGGCUCAGACAGCAACCAAAACGGGGGCUUGAUUUCGUCGCUUUGUGGAUUCGGCAUUCAAGGCUUGAUGACUUCGUGUUUAGCUUUUGAGCCCUGUGAUGAGUACUAUUCCUCCAAAAACAGUGGCCUUUUUGGUCAAAAUGGAAGCCUUUCUUCUUUGUUUGGAUCCAAAAACGUUCCCUUUAAUAACAAUCGCAAGCAAAGAAGACUCAAUCGAGCAGCUGUCCAUUCUGGAGAAGCCAUGGCUGUAGAUGUGCAACCCACAAGAGAAAUCUCGACAAAGAAGAAACCUCCUACGAAAAAAAGACGAGUUGUUGUGACGGGGAUGGGAGUGGUGACACCGCUCGGACAUGAUCUCGACGUCUUCUACAACAACUUGCUUGAGGGUGCUAGUGGUAUAAGCGAAAUCGAGACUUUCAACUCUGCACUGUUUCCAACCAGAAUUGCUGGAGAGAUAAAAUCUGUCUCGGCUGAUGGUUGGGUUGCACCGAAACUUUCCAAGAGGAUGGACAAGUUCAUGCUUUAUAUGCUUAUUGCUGGAAAGAAAGCGUUGGAAGACGGUGGAGUUACUGAAGAUGUAAUGGAUGAGUUAGAUAAAGCGAAAUGCGGAGUUCUGAUUGGCUCAGCAAUGGGUGGUAUGAAGGUUUUCAAUGAUGCAAUUGAAGCUCUGAGGAUCUCGUACAAGAAGAUGAAUCCUUUUUGCGUACCAUUUGCUACCACAAAUAUGGGCUCGGCAAUGCUUGCAAUGGAUUUGGGAUGGAUGGGGCCUAACUAUUCAAUCUCCACUGCAUGCGCGACAAGCAACUUCUGCAUAUUAAAUGCAGCAAACCACAUCACCAGAGGCGAAGCUGAUGUGAUGCUUUGUGGUGGCUCAGAUGCAGCAAUUAUACCGAUUGGGUUGGGAGGAUUUGUGGCAUGCAGAGCACUUUCUCAAAGGAACAACAAUCCCACCAAAGCUUCACGCCCAUGGGAUGCUAAUCGUGAUGGAUUUGUCAUGGGGGAAGGUGCUGGGGUUCUGCUUUUAGAAGAACUUGAGCACGCUAAGAGGAGAGGUGCGACCAUCUAUGCAGAAUUUUUGGGUGGAAGCUUCACUUGUGAUGCUUACCACAUGACCGAGCCACACCCUGAUGGAAUUGGUGCCAUUCUCUGCAUAGAAAAGGCCCUGGCUCAGUCCGGUGUACCGAGAGAAGAUGUAAAUUACAUUAAUGCUCAUGCUACAUCUACACCAUCUGGAGACAUUAAAGAAUACCAGGCUCUCCUUCAUUGCUUUGGCAAGAAUCCAGAGUUGAAAGUGAACUCUACGAAAUCAAUGAUCGGUCACCUACUAGGAGCUGCCGGUGCUGUGGAAGCUGUUGCAGCAGUACAAGCAAUAAAGACUGGUUGGGUCCAUCCGAACAUCAAUCUAGAAACCCCAGAUGAAGGAGUGGACACGAACGUGCUCGUAGGGCCGAAGAAAGAAAGAUUGAAUGUAAAUGCGGCAUUGUCUAAUUCUUUUGGGUUUGGCGGCCACAACUCCUCCAUCAUCUUUGCACCAUACAAGUAAAAGAGUUCGAUCAUUGCUCUACCAGUGAUUUUUCGAAUCUGGCUGAAGGGCGUGGUACCAACAAAAUAUAUCGUCUGUAGACAAACGUCACCUGUAUAAGGGUUAUUAUACAACGUAUAGCUUGUGAAAUAGUUGGAGCUUUGGAGAAGUCGGAAGGAGGAGAGAACGUUAUCGGUUGUCGCCGUGGACUGUGUCGUUGUCGUCUGUGGAGAUCUCCUUUUCUCUCGAUAUCGAGCUGCAACGGAGCUUUUAGUCGUUUUUUUUAAGUUGACAUUGGCCAUUAAAGUUGUGGUAGAUGUUAAUCUUUGUUAUCAUCUACGAGAAACAAUGACUGCAUAAUGUUUGCAUA